UUAUCUCCUUUAUUAUAUUACACAAAAACAAUUCCAGGCGCUAGUUUGAAUUUAAAAGAUCGACAUAAUCAGUGCUUAGAAAUUAAGAGCGUAGCAGAGAAUGGUAUAAAUAGAAAUCGUUCGUUUCAGUUUGUUUUCAGUCUACGGCGAGACGUAGAAGUGCGCAGUUGUGCACUCGUGUUCAAAAUUUAGAUUUUUUGUGUGGACCCUAUUGUAACUGUAAAAGAGCAUGGCAUCCGGCCCCCUGAACACAAUGCCCGUGGAAAGUGACAGCGAUGUGGAGAUCAUUGAGACGGAGCCCAUAAAUCAUCAACAUUAUUACCACCGGCAGCCGGAGCACUUUGUGUUUCCCGCAAGGAUGUAUCCGAAAAUUCCGAACGGCCUACCUCUUUCACCGCCUCUUUCGCCCACCAAUGAACCCUGGCCAUUAACGAACCCCGAUUCCAAGGACAUGCCUCUGCUCAAGGAGCUACUGGCCCGCAACGAACAGGUGAAUGUUCCGCCAGGAUUCGUGCUCUGCAUACCGUGCUACCUAUGCCAGCAGCCCUUCAACGACAUCGAGACCUUCAAGGAGCACCUCACUCAGCAUGCGGCGGACAUCCACGCCUGGAACACAUCGCGUGAGCAGGUGCAGAAGCCACAGCCAAUGUUCCACCACCAUCAUCAUCAUCAUCAUCCUAUCGAUCAGCCCAUGAAUCAUUAUCAGCAGUAUCAUCUGCCCAUGGAGUACGUACAUCAGCCACAAUUGGAGCUAUACUCACAGCCCAUCCAACCGCCGAUGCCGUUUUCAAUGCCACCAGCUCAUCAUCACGCGAUUCCACAGCCAAUGCACUAUCCCAUCCAACACUCACUUAAUCCACCGCACAACGAAAUACCCGUACAGCCACCACUAAAAUUCUCAAGACACCGGCCCGUGCAUCUCCCCAUGACACCGCAAUCCUCACCAGAGUUUCCUGGUCAGCCUGGGCUCGCAACCCAUCUUAACAAACCUCAAUUACCGAUUCAAAUGACGCAGCAGAGGAUUUCCCUGCCAGAGAGAAGGUCCGAUCCGGUGAAUGAGCCAGCAAAUGAGCUGGUGAAACCGCAACUUCAAUCAUCGUUGCCAAAAAAAAGCCCAUCUCCGGAGCAGAUGAAACCAAAAUUAUGCAAGUUGCCAACUUCAAUGCGCGGACAGUUCGAGUGCGACUGGUGCGGUAAGCGAUUGAGCUCCCGCCAGUCGUUGAGAUAUCACGAGAGUCACUUCCACUCGGGGGAGGACCUGCCAGAGGGUCGGUUUGGCAAAGAGGUGCAGAAGCAGCACAGGUGCCCCACCUGCAAGAAGCGCUACAAGCGGGGAACCUUCCUGCAAAUGCACAUGAAGGUCAAACAUGGGAUUAUUUAUGCACCCCAUGCCAACCUAGAUGUGCAUGCGUCCGCAGAGUCUUCGGUCUCCGCAGAAUCGUUGCCGGACGAAGAAGAUUCGAGAAGACCCGAUUUGGCGAGAGCCAAGUACGAACCAGACCGCGAACGGACGGAGAAGUAUGUGAACGCGCCACGUCAGCAAACCGAGCAGCUGGAAUCGGGUUUCGCGACCAAGCCGAAGCGAACGUAUCCGAUGCGAUCGCCGUUCUUCAAUCCCGAUCUUUUGCUGGACUGCGAUGCAUACUUCUAGGAAGCCCGGGAUCCAGUUGGAGGAAAGCCUAUAUAUGGAAUAUUUAAUAUUUUAGCUAAAAACAAUCCCAUAUCGCCUGGAAGCGAUGUCAGCCGAGCUGACUGUUAGUCUUGUUUAUGUAAACUAUAACUGUUUGUAUCUUCGUUUCAUGGAGCUUUUCAAGUAUGUACAAUGUACACUGUACGUAUAGAAUUUCUUCUAGCGGUGUUUUCUGUAGCCUCAGCAUUUUGGAUCUCGACUUCGAAAUCCCAAAGUGAUCGUCAUAUUGUUUAUGUCACAAUAAACAAAACCGAUUCGCUGAACUCAGCGAAGAAACUUGAUCGUUUUGUCGAGUUCAGCCGUUAGUCUUGUCUUAAAAAUUAUUAAACAACAAUAAAAAACCUAAUAAAGAAACGAAUAACCAAA